AUGGUAACUGACUUAGAAAAGUCAAGUGAACAAAUUGAUACACUCUCUCGUCAUUCCGAGGAGUAUCAUCUCUAUGUUUCAAAAUCCACACCUUCUGCCAACUUGGCGUUCAAUGAGGGCCAUCAAUUGAAGAAGGGACUUGAAGCUAGACAUGUUAGUAUGAUUGCCAUUGGUGGAGCUUUAGGUACUGGUUUACUUAUCGGUACUGGUUCUGCUUUAGCUAAGGCUGGUCCUGGUUCUAUUUUGAUUGCAUACUCUAUUAUCGGUCUUGUGGUCUAUAUGGUCAUGUGCGCGUUAGGAGAAAUUGCAUCUUUUAUCCCAUUGGCUGAUGGUUUUACUGGUUAUUGUAACAGAUAUGUUGAACCUGCUUUAGGUUUUGCUUGUGGUUACGUCUAUCUUUUCAAAUAUCUUUUGAUUCCAGCAAAUCAGUUGGUUGCGGGAUCUCUUGUGGUACAAUAUUGGGUUAGCCCUGAGAAAAUGAAUCCAGGUAUUUGGAUUACUAUUUUCUUGGUUAUUAUUGUUGCAAUUAACAUCUUGGGUAUUAGAUUUUUCGGAGAAAUUGAAUUCUGGUUAUCAACAUUGAAAGUUAUCACCUGUUUGGGUUUAAUUUUAAUCUUGUUGAUUAUAGCUCUUGGUGGUGGUCCAACCCAUGACAGAUUAGGAUUCAGAUACUGGAAAAACCCUGGUGCCUUCAAGGAAUACACUGACAGUACUAAGAAAAUGAAAAUUUCUGGUGAUAAGGGUAGAUUUGUUGCUUUCAUCUCCACUUUGGUUACCGCUGUUUUUGCUUUCUUGGGUACUGAAUUGUGUGGUAUUACUUUUGCUGAAUGUGAAAGACCAAGAAGAGCCAUUCCAAAGGCCAUUAGAUUGACCUUCUACCGUAUCGUCAUUUUCUAUUUACUUUCCAUCUUAUUCCUUGGUAUGUGUGUCGCCUACAAUGAUCCAUUAUUGACUGCAGCAAAGGGUUCCACUGCAGCUGCUUCUCCAUUUGUGAUUGCUAUCAAGAAUGCUAAGAUCAAGGGUUUACCUCAUAUUAUCAACGGUUGUAUCUUGUUAUUCGUUCUUUCUGCUGCUAACUCUGAUAUGUACAUUUGUUCUAGAAACAUUUACGGUUUAUCAGUUGCUGGGUACGCACCAAAGUUUUUCUCCAAGACCAACAAGAGGGGUGUUCCAUACUACGGAAUUGCUUUGAGUUUCGCUUUCUGCUUAUUAGCUUUCAUGACUGUUUCUAGUGGAGCAAGUGAAAUCUUCACUUACUUCGUUAGUGUGGUCUCUCAAUGUGGUUUAUUAGCAUGGGCUUGUAUCUUGUUCAUCCACAUCAGAUUCAUGAAGGCAUGUGAGGCUCAAGGAAUUGACCGUAAGAGAGACUUGGUUUACAGAUCUCCAUUCCAACCAUAUGGUUCUUACUUUGCCUUCUUCGUCUGUGUAUUGGUUAUCCUUAUCAAGAACUUUACUGUCUUCUUAGGUAAGCCAUUCGCAUACAAGGAUUUCAUUACUGGAUACAUCAUUUUACCAAUUUUUGUUAUCAUGUACUUUGGUUUCAAGUUUUACUACAAGACUUCGAUCAUCCCUUCAGAAGAAGUAGACAUGGUCACUUACAGAGACGUAAUUGAUGCUGAAGAAGAAAGAUAUGCAGCAGAAGAAGCAGAAAACAAGGCCCUUAGAGAAGCAAGUGGUAAUCCAAAGGACAAACAAUGGUAUUAUGAAACUUUCAUCGGUUGGUUAUUCUAA